AUGCCUGAGAAGGUCGACCUUCCUAUGUUUUGGGGAUUAGAUGCGAACUCUCAGGAUUCAAUGGACGCGCUGGACUGGCUGACUGGAACGGAAGCUGGUAAAUUGCUUCAAGCUAAGAACGACGAUAACUUGACAAAACUAGAAGAAAUUGACAAGUUCUAUUAUAAUACAGCCGAAUCCCUCCUUUUGCUUCAUCUCCAGGAAUCUAAGCCAACGCUGAUGGGGUUUCAUCACGCGUUCUCUUUGGUUUCGUCUCGUGCUUUUCUUGUGGAUGCGUAUCAUGGUUUGUCAAUGGUACCGAUUGCCGAUGUUUUCAACCACGGCGCUGAUAAUCAAGUACAUCUUGAGAGCGAUUAUAAUGUGUGUCCGGAAUGCGGCUCCUUGCAAGAAUGUCCCCACGAUAAAGACGAUCUCACGGAUGUCGAACACAAACUUGCAAGCUCGGAGAACCAGGAAGACAACCUGGAUACAAGCCUCUUGAUGGUCACCAAUGCCGGUAUACCACCAGAUACAGAAGUCUUCAAUACAUACGGAGAAACUCUUUCAAAUUCUCAACUCCUAAACCAGUAUGGUUUUAUGCUAGAGACCAACGACAACAUGCGUCUGUCUUGGACAAUGUAUAAUGUAGUCCAAGAACUUUACACCGACCUAUUCCUUAUCGAACGGCUACCGACAACAGAGAGGCGAAAUAUUGUGACAUAUAUGUUUCAGGUUCUAACUGCAUUAGAAGUAGAAGAGGUGGAGAAGCUUCUUUCUACUCAAUCCGACCUUGUUUACUAUGAAGACACCAAAGAGGAGCACUUUUUCGUCAAAUACGAAGGGUUAUCACAUCCACUGUGGGCGCUUCUUUUUGUGUUAUCCCUCAUACGAUAUCGACAGAGCAACAAAAACUUUGAUGUGGACCCCGCCGCAUUAGCUCUGGAUGUUUUGAAGCUACAAACCACAUUAGAGGCUUUAGAGGGUGACGAUGAAGGUCAGAUUUAUGAAAAUGAUCCUGUUUUCAACAAAUCCGGGAAAGCCGACAAAGCAGCAGUCGAACUUUUGAGAGGGAUGAGUAAUUUGAGUGUCGCUCUUUGCGAUCACCGAGGACGGAACAGCGGAAAGCCUGGUUCUUUUGACUAUGAUCUUUUCAAGCUGCUAGACGAACUACCGAAAGGCAACACACGGACGCGUCUGGCAGUCUCUCUGGUGAUCACCGAGAGAUCCAUCCUGAAGAAUUGUCAAGCGGGGUGGCAAUCCAUGGCUAAACGCAUCUCCUCGACACUGCCUGGUCUCAGUUGA